CUGGUUGGCUGCAGGGUGCUGCGGUAAACUGCCCGGCGCAGGCGAAUCUUCAUUUGCUAUGGGUCACGUGUGACGCAGAACAUCACUGAAGCCAUAUGGCAGAGUUUAACAUUGGAGCCAACUGUGCCUAUCGCAACUGCAAGCGACUUGAUUUUCUUCCGAUUCAAUGCGACCAAUGCAAGCAGUUAUUCUGCAAACACCACAGCUCCCCAACCGUCCACGAGUGCGCGUCCACCGAGCAUGAACACAACCCACCCCGAUUGUCAGCACACACCCAAUUCACGUCUGAGUGUCAACUGCCCGGAUGCAACAAGCGGGAGCCAGUUUUGCUCAUAUGUGAAGCAUGUGACAAAGCAUUUUGUGUGGGUCACAAACAGAAAGAAGCACAUGCAUGUGAAAAACUAUGGACUACCACAGACGAAGUCAGAGUGGCUCGGGAGCUUGGCCAACAAGUCUCCUCGCAGUUGGAUCGCACCUUGCUAGAAACUGUUUCUCGGCCUCUGAAUCGCUCUUCAAUGAACAUCGGCCUUUCCCUCUCCAACAACUCGUUAAACUCUCGGGCACGGACCACGGCUGCCAGACUCAACUUAAUGAAAGCCAAACUUAAAGCCAAACCUGCUGGGCGAGGGGCACAGGUGCUGCCAAGCGAUGAGCGUUUUGUGUUAAUUUUGACUCCUCCGUCGGACGCAACAUCCUCUUGUCCUUCUCUCGCCGACGGAUCCCCGUUCUACGUCGGACGGAAUUGGCCUCUUGGGAAACUACUGGACUUCGCAAUGGACCACUUCGGAAUAAAAGUGCCUCCUGAUCAGACGCUGGGAUUGGUACUCAUACCAAACGAUAUCUUGUCGUCUUCGGAAGAACAUCAACUUGGAGCAAUGGACUUUCUGAAUCUCAGUCAUUCCUUCACUGAAUAUGAACGGAAUGGUGUACUCUUCGAGGGAUCCGUGUUACGACCCACUCUCCGACCUAAAGCGUCGUAG